AUGUGGAACAAGAAGAUUCAAACACCGUCCUAUACCCUCACCGAUGGACAUUUCUCAGGUGUCACAGAGAUAAAUCAUACUGUACUGGAGAUGAUUGCGGCUGUAUCGUACCAGACGGACCACCCUGUGCCUGUCGGCUAUCAAAGCUCGGGUGUGGACUGGACUGUCAUUUGGACAUGA